GGCCUUUAAUAUUUACAAUGUGUAUUCAUAUCAAACAGAGAAUAUGAAAAGAAAAAUAUUGUGUCAAAUUUUAUCUAAUGUGUGUCAUUUAUAAAUAGUUGACUCUUAAAAUUAUGUAUUUUGAUUUAUGAUAAAAUGGAAUUAAAUUGAUUACAGUAUUAGUCCGUGAAUAAUUAUUUUUGUACCCGCACGACUAUGCAUGUAGACAAGAACAUGAUUUGUUGCAUGCAUGGAUAGCGGUGACCAAUGGUGAUCAAAUGAUAUUUUUCUCACCAGCCUGGAACCGGGUACUCGGAAGUUGAAUUAUAUUUCGCUAAGAAGUUAUUACACUAGUUUUUUCGAAGUGACGUCAAAUUAAAGUGAAAUGAAGUGAAGUUAAAUUAAAGUAAAAUUUACACUCAAAUGCCUUUCUAAGGAAAUAAAAAACACUUUCAACGAAGAGUAUCAUAUCUGAAAUUUACCUUGUGAUGGGCUGUACUCAUUCGACACCGUCGCGCACGACACGGCGGAAGAAGAAGAAACGGUCGAGAAAAAAGAAUGUUUCAAUCAUAGAGUCAAAAGAGAUGGCAAUUAAAAGACAAUCAGCCCCAACACAAGCUGUAGUGUUUCAUAGUGACCCAGAUGAGUUUGCAGCACCCCCUCAAAAUUAUAGAUCUGAACAUAUAGGUGUACAGCAGAUGUCAGAUGUCCCGGUAACGACUGUGUCACGAGUGGUGUUCAAACAAGCUACCUACACGGGAAUAUACAAUAUUAAAGUCCAUUACGCGGACCAUCAGGAGUGCCGUAUCCAAGGUGCACAGUUUCUACCAAACGGUUCCCUGAUAGUGUGCGAUCAACACAACCAGACACUAAAGCUAUGGGGCAUGACCUUUCAGUAUUUGGCUCAUGUCGUACUUCCAGGUCGACCUCAUACCCUAUGCGUUCAUUCCUCAAAUAAGGAUGGGUCAGACGUUUACGUCACAAUCCCUAGUGAUAGAACCAUUAUGGAGUUUUACGUUGACGGCAGGAUAAUUAUUCCAGGGCAGAAAAUACGAACAGACGGCUUCUGCUAUGGGAUAGCUCCGUAUAAACAUGGACUCGUCGUGGGGGUUGGUUCAAAAGUAGAAUUUAUUGACACCGAAGGAAACAUAUUGAAAGUUUUAAAAUAUUCUGUGAACGGUGCUUCGAAGUUUGGUUCCCCUUUUUAUUUGUCAGUGACCGGAAAUAACAACAUCAUUGUGUCUGAUUCAAUGAACCGCUGUGUAAUUUGCGUAACACCCGAUGGAGAAGAAAUGUUCAGAUAUGAUGAAAUUGGUAUUCCCCACGCCACUAUGACAGACAAGGAGGAAAAUAUUUACAUUUGUGGAAAUGAGAAAGGUGCAAUAGAUGUUCUGCAUCAACUAACUUUGCGAGGAGAGAAGAUCAAAAGUUUAUUGUCAUGGAGGCACGUGGGGUUUACACCUGACGCCAUUUGCUACAGAGAAAAAGACAAACUUCUGGCAGUGUGCGGACAAAGUGACCGAAUAAAAACAUUCAGGUUGGAAACGAAAACAUCAGGGAAAAUUUACGCAAAUGACGUCAUCGUUGACGCAGAAAGAAUUCAAACAGAAAGAAGUACAAAAGAGGUCCAGGAAAUCAUGAAAAGAAUUCUUAUUACUUAGGAAACUACCUGUGUCAACUGCUUUACGCGUUUCUUUCUAAAAGAAUAUUACUUUAUUUAUAUUUAAAUGAAAAUAGCUAUCCUCGUGCAAUUAGUAUUUCUAUACCAUUCGUUACUGUCAUAUAAACACGUGGCAAUAUACCACUGUACGGAUAUCUUGCUCGUGCCUAUAUUUUGACAAAGGCAAUCGUGCAGAUGUCACGAGAUUUUCUUACAGAUUUAUGAACUUGGAGGGCAAUUUUAUCUUCAUGAGAAGUUUAACAAAUUGGAAGGAAAUAUAAAUCCAUUAAUUCUUAAUUAGCCGGAAACAAGCCGUGUUUCAUGAACUGUAUUUUGGCUGUCUUGGAAUAUCAGACCUAUACCGCUGUCAUCGAACAUGGUUUACUGAAGUUAAUUCAGGUUUACUAAAACAGCCUCUGAAAACGCCUUUCGGAGAAAUGAUAUUAAUUAAGACAAUAUAAGUAACGGCAGCAAAAUACGAUGCUAUAAUUAUAAUGUGAAAUUUGUAAAAUUGGUGUCAAUUGCUUAAAUUAAAGCGGUAGGCAAUAAUCAUAUACAUCGGUUAAUUCAAUGGUUAAAACAUAUGACAUAUUUACAUUUGUUAUUAAAUUCUCAUUAUUAUUUAUA